AACUAUUCGAUGCGUUAAGCGUGCUCAUACACGCACUAAUACAUCAAAGAGUAGCUUAGACGUUGCGUUACGGAAUAUUAAAUUAGUCGUGUGUAGUAUGAAAAUACAACUGCCACAUUGCCUUAUAAAAUAUGGGAGAUAAAGAGCAUCAUGUGCACUUCAGUGGGGGGAGUAGCCUCGGAAAAGACAACAAUAUUAUGGUACAACCUCAACGACAUGGACAGAUAGAUGCUCAUCUUGGAUUUUUACAACUUUAUCACAGAUAUCACGUGGAAUUCUCAAUUCCUUGGAACUUGUGUACACACAGAGAGCGAAGAAGUUCCGCACCAGCAGUGGUCACAGGACCUCAUAAUCCCAAUUGCCAUGUUAUAGACAUGAUACAUGAGAAGGAAGGCCUAAAGUUAAAGAUAGAACUACUAGCAUAUAAGGAGAAGAUCUUGAAGGAAGAAGUGCAAAUAAUGUGCUGCAAAAAUGGAACACCAUUGAAAAUCCAGUUGAAUACACGCGUCUUGGGGAAAGACAAGGGCAGGCCAUUGCUGAGGAAUGGGAUACGCAGUAUCGCCGUGGAACAAUCAAACGAAGAUGAGGUGCUGGGUACGAAAUUGAGGGCAUCUUUGAGCAUGCAAAACCAACAGAGUCUCUGAAGAAUAUUCUGAGAUUGGGACACACCAAGGAGCGUAUGUAUCUAUUUGAAGACGUAAUGUAACAGGGGAUAAAAUCUGAUGACGAGAACGUUCCUUAUUUCGAACUUUAAUCGUGCAAAACGCUGGAUCGCGUUGCAGUGAAAUUAGUCGUUAGUUAUCAAUGACCAUUACAUAAAGAAAUCACAUGCACAUUAUGUUCAAUCUCAAGUAGCGUAAAAUGUCUUGUCUGUCGAGAUCAAUUUAACCACACAAUAUAUUUCAAGCUGCACGAUGUAACUUUCGAAAUAUGCGAUGUUUCAACGAAAAUGGAAGAACUCUUUGAAUUUAUUAUAAUCGGUACAGGCCUGUAUCACAACCGCAAGACUUCUUUCCCUUUCUGCGUCGAGGAUUAUUAUAACGAUAAUUUCGACGCAAGAAAACAGAAAGAUGAAGUGUUCCUUUAAUCGGCCUUUUUUUAGAGGAUCACAUCGAGAUAUGUAUAAUUACAAUUUAUCGCUAAGUACCGCAUUUGCCUACUGUUCCUUCUCAAACGAAUACGUAUCACACAAUGCCUACAUAUAUAUAAAAAUCUAUUACAUCUUCUAAUAUCUAUCGAUGGUCUAUCCGUAAUAACAAAAUUGUAUUUUAUUAUCGUUUUACAUGGAGCAUAGAUUUUAACCGAUAAGAAUAUAUCACUAAUCAAAAGCUGUUCGCGUUAUGAAUGAUAAUAAUACUGUUUUCUAAUUCCUUGCUAAGUUGAUACGAAUUAUUAAAAUGGACGAUUUGAAUGGAAGUAUCUUUUUUUUUUAUUAACAUUCAUUCCGUAUUAAACCUUGCUAUUUGUACCCUUAUUCGGAGAUUGAAGUUAUAGUUUAUUCAAAAUUAAUUGGCUAAUCAAGCAAAUUUUACCAUUUAGCAAUGACUCGUAUUACAUAUAUAAAUGUGUAUUUGAAUAAACUAUAAUUUUUGUACGCCGUGUUAUGCGCCAAUACAUAUUUCACUAAUCAUAAAUAUUUGCUUUCUAAUUAUUACAAAAAUUACAAUUUUCAACUUUUUAUGUUCGCAUUUGCUUAACAUGCGUAACAUGUAACAUUUCAUUGUUUUUAAUGGCUUGUUAUUGCUGGUGAUUUCUCAGAAUAACACGUUGAAAUGUAGCUAGCAUCGAAAGCUUGACUGUUUCAUGGGAAUACCAGUUGGUCCAUCAACAAAUUCGCAAAUGUUGAAACCAAGUCUGGCCAGAGGAUGACAAUUACUUCUUGGAUUGCCCCACUUGCCUCUAAAAGUCAUCCAACUGGGUAAAAUGCUAUUAUCCGUUUUUAGAAGCAAUUCCAUCUUCUUCCACGUGGGCCAAGCGGUACCAAAGCCACUCUCGUCAUAGAGACGGGGCAAUCUGACAAAUUUGUGCUUCCCUGGUGCUGUCCAGAGUCCGUGAGAUCCUCGCGCACUGAAUAAUAUCGGAUGAGAGCCGCCAGCAGUGAAAACCCUUUCGGGAAAUAUAGGUUUCUGGAAGAUGCCUUUUCUCGUUUCUUGGCUCUCGUAAACGAAAGUUCCGCUUCGCAGAUCGUAUCGGUAAAAUGCGCCUGCAUCGUGAGCAGACACGUACAUGGCUGAUGGGUAAUUUGCAUCCUUAGUUUAAAAAAGAAAAAAAUAGUUUUGUAUGAAAAAAAGGUACUCUAACCAAUACUGAGAUUUCCACAGAACUUCUUUGCCAAUACAAAUGAAAAUAAAUUAACAAAAGAGACAGUGGCAUGUACCUUAAAGUAAAGACUCAUGUGUUCCCAAUCGCCCACAUGAUUGCCAUAUUCCUUGAGUAUCCCGAGACACAUGCCACCUACCGUGGGUAUCGGCCAGCUACCAAAAAAUCCAAGAUCCAGAACACAGACUGCCUUUCCCUCGCUGAACGGAUAGAACAUCCAAUAGGUCACGUGAAAGUGCAACUUCCGAGACUUGUUUGCUUUUUUCCUUUUCUUCUCAAAAUUGCCAUGCUUCUACAAAUAAUUUUAUAUAAAUAACCGUUGUUGUCAAAAUAUUUUCAAGUUCCUUGAUCUUUAUUCUAAUAGCUACUAUCUAAGUUAUUAUUUCUUUUUAAUAUUUUUCUUUUAACACAUCUACUUCUCUCCCCACUAUAUCUCUCUUAUCGUGUAAUAAUUUUUUAUAAAUAAAUUCCUUUGUUCCGUUUACCUCUAGACUCUGUUUGGUAUCGCUUUUCCGUGUUUGUCCUGGGAAAUCGUUGGUGAGGAUCAUGGACGACUCGAAAUCAUCGAUCUGCAUGUUCCUCGAUGAUAUCAACAUCUCGUCCCCCUUUCUUCGCGGCUUUUUUUCGUCCCUUAAAUUUAUCAUGUGCGCAGAGACGUCCGGAGCAACGCAGUUCUUGAUCACAGCAUAAACCGGUACUGUCGCCGCUGGUUUCCGGCCAUAUAGGAACGACGAUCGAUUCCUUAACAGUACUUCUGCCAAUGUAAAAUCGUUCUAUAUAACUUGGCUUGAAUUGGCCAUAAUCGUAAAGGUUUUUUUCUCAUUUGUCAUUUACCUACGUCGACUUUGGUGCGAAGGUAGCCGUCGUCGAAUUCCAUAUUGUCGAGGAACUCAGGUACCCCAAGGGGUAAAAAGAGUUCACCAGGUGCAAGCCAUACCAGAGGCGCCCAGUCUUGUACUAAUCCUUUUACUGCAAUUUAAUUUAGUAAAGACAAAAGAAAAAGAAGAAGAAAGAA